AUUUCGAUACCUGAGAACAGUAGUCGCCGCAUUCAAUAUUUUCGUGUUGCACUCCGCUGUGUGGAGCGCACACGGGUUUGGUUUCCUUGGCGAGCCGAGAUUACCUAUAUCGACUCUCUUAUUGCCCUGACGGGACUUUAUUAUACCCGUUCCGGAGACCUUAGGAGUUAGAAUCUGUAGAUUCUUGGGCUUCGUUCUGUUCUUGGUCUUGAUUUGAACUCAAUUUGUCUCCUAUCCUUGGUCGACAUAACACACCAUGUCGCGAUCAAACCCCCCUAAUCCGGCCGGAUCCCGAAAGAUCUCGUUCAAUGUUAGUGAGCAGUACGAUAUCCAGGAUGUUGUUGGAGAAGGUGCUUAUGGUGUUGUCUGCUCGGCGAUACACAAGCCGUCGGGCCAGAAGGUCGCUAUCAAGAAAAUCACCCCGUUCGAUCAUUCCAUGUUCUGUCUGAGAACCCUCCGAGAGAUGAAGCUUCUCCGAUAUUUCAACCACGAGAACAUUAUCUCCAUCCUCGACAUCCAGAAGCCGCGUAACUACGAGACAUUUAAUGAAGUGUACCUAAUUCAGGAGCUCAUGGAGACGGAUAUGCACAGAGUCAUCCGCACCCAGGACUUAUCUGACGACCACUGCCAGUACUUCAUCUACCAGACGCUGCGAGCUUUGAAGGCGAUGCACUCUGCGAAUGUGCUCCACCGAGAUCUAAAGCCCAGCAAUCUUCUGUUGAACGCCAACUGCGAUCUGAAAGUGUGUGAUUUUGGUCUUGCACGAUCGGCCGCGUCUCAAGAAGAUAACUCAGGAUUCAUGACUGAAUAUGUUGCCACUCGUUGGUAUCGUGCCCCCGAGAUUAUGUUGACAUUUAAGGAAUACACAAAGGCAAUUGACGUCUGGUCCGUUGGCUGCAUUCUCGCUGAGAUGUUAAGCGGCAAGCCACUGUUCCCCGGAAAGGACUAUCACCACCAGUUAACAUUGAUUUUGGAUGUCUUGGGAACGCCUACGAUGGAGGAUUACUACGGAAUCAAAUCUCGCCGAGCUCGCGAGUAUAUCCGCUCCUUGCCCUUCAAGAAGAAGGUUCCAUUCCGAACUCUCUUCCCUAAGACUUCCGACCUCGCCCUCGAUCUGCUUGAGAAACUACUGGCCUUUAACCCCGUGAAGCGUAUAACUGUGGAGGAAGCUUUGAAGCACCCCUAUCUUGAACCUUACCACGACCCGGAGGACGAGCCCACGGCACCUCCGAUUCCCGAAGAGUUCUUCGACUUCGAUAAGCAUAAGGACAACCUUAGCAAAGAACAACUGAAGCAGCUCAUCUAUCAGGAGAUCAUGCGGUAGAACCGAGGAUUUUCUCAGAAACCGGGAAUCUGGGCCAACUUGACGCAUCUCAUGCAGUCCCUCACACACCGAUCUAACGCCACGGAGUCAGUGACGACCACAGUUAGCAGUAAUGCACGACGUUCGCAAGGCUAGAGUUGGUCCCUGGAUU